GAUGGAAAUGGCUAGCGAUCUUUCACCAGGAUUCUUCAUGGAAGAACUCAACAAAUAUCGUCAGAAGAAUAAUGUGGCACUUACCUAUCAUGAGCUGUCUAACGAAGGACCUCCCCAUGACUUAAGAAAGGACGUUAGUUCUCUAUCACUGCCAUCCACAGACACUUCAGAAGGGAAUUUCAUAGGUAUUAUCAAUAGAAUUUCUCAGAAAGAAGCACUCUCAGUCAAUUAUGAACCAUGUUGUAAGGCCGAAUUGAAGGAGUCUGAGGUCAACAGUUCCCUUAGGUUUCAUUACCGAUGCAAAAUCGGGCAGAGAACAUAUGGUAUUGGUUCCGGUUCUACUAAACAGGAAGCAAAGCAACUUGCUGCUAAAAUUGCAUAUAAUGAAAUAAAAGCAGAAAAGAACUUAGCGAAAACUGACUCGCUGUCCUCGGGUUGUGACCUGAAUGCGUCCAGUUGCUCCAAUAGUUUUUCUUCUCUGGCCAGCUCCUUCACCUCAGAUUCACCAUUCGAAAAUGGAAUAUCAACAAAUGGAUCAGAACAAAAGCAUAGCAGUGACAGUUUUAAAGCCCAAGCUUCAUCUUCUUUGAGCAGUGGCCGAAAUCUCCAAAGGCAGGUCAAGAGAAAUUUGGCACCUGUAUUUAAUUUCUUCAAGGCAGAAGCAAAGAAGUAUACUGUUGACUCCAGGUUUGUGAAGGAUUUUACUGAAAUAGAACCGAUCGGCUCAGGUGGCUAUGGCCAAGUUUUCAAAGCCAAACACAGAAUUGAUCAGAAGACUUAUGUUAUUAAACGCGUUAAAUAUCGUGAUGAGUACUUGUCGAAGACCAAGUGCCUUUUUAUCCAAAUGGAAUACUGUGAUAAAGGGACAUUGGAGCAGUGGAUUAAUGACAAAAGAGGCAAGAAAUCGGACAAAGAUUUGGUUUUGAACUUAUUUGAACAAAUAACAAGAGGAGUGAAUUAUAUACAUUCAAAGCAGUUAAUUCAUCGAGACCUUAAGCCAGGUAACAUAUUUUUAGUACAUACAAAUCAAAUAAAGAUCGGAGACUUUGGACUUGUCACAUCCAUGGAACACGAUGAGCAGCGAACGGCUGAGAGAGGAACGCCCCGUUACAUGAGCCCAGAGCAGAGUUCAUCACAGCAAUAUGGAAAUGAAGUAGACAUCUUUGCCCUGGGAUUAAUUCUAGCUGAAAUCCUUUAUAUAUGUCCUACUAUUCAGGAAACAGUCAAGAUUUUUAAUGAUCUAAGGAAAGGUGUGUUCCCAGAUGUAUUUGAUGACAAGGAAAAAGGCCUUCUACGAAAACUACUCUCACCAGAGCCCAAAAGGCGGCUGACAGCACCUGAAAUACUGAAGACCUUGAGAGAUUGGGAGAGCUCCCCAGCAGAAAAGAGGCACAAUACUUAUUAGAGCUCUUCUGAAACAGUAUCCUCUUCUGAUACGAUUUCCCCUUCACGAUCUAAAAUCUGCUAGAAUGUAUUGAGAGGGAUUGACAUUUGGGUUUCAUUUUUUUCUCUCUCAAUUUUUCACUAAAGUUGCUUAAAAAAACCAUCCUCACCUUUGACUUUUUUGUAUUCUGAAGAUGGGGAAACUUUAAUGUAUUUUCUUAUAUCAAUUAAUGAACAUAUCAAUAAACAUUUACGGAAUGUCUACUAUUUCUAGGCCAAGAAAUUUAAGACGUUCUUUGCUUUAAUUGGCUUACAACCCAACUGGAAAACUAUGAAGCCCAUAAAAAGAGAAGGGAUAUUGCAAUCUUUUUGGAAAACAAUUUGACAUUAUCUAGUAAAAUUGGUGAGACACAGAGCCUCAAAACCAUCACUUCCGCUCCUACCUCCUCCUUACAGGGAUGGGCACAGAACCUGCUUAUAAUAAAGGAACGGAAACCUCCCUAAUGUCCAUUAAGAAUUGGAUGCAUACGUACAUUGUAUGCCACACAUUGGAAUACUAUAUGGCAGUGAAAAGGAAUGAAUUAUAGCUAGGUAUAGCCAACUGGCAGGUAAAAGAUGUCAUUAAAGGAGAUAGGGCACAGGGGAACAGAGCACAUUUGGGAGGUAAGAUGUUGAAUUUCACUUUGGAGAUGCUGAAUUAAUUAAUUUCAGAUGAUCUGGGGCAAACGGAAAUGCAGGCUAGGAGCUUAGGAGAAAUGCUGGCAUUUCAUUCAUACCUAGAAGGAAGGAGUAUUAGAGCAGCGGUU